AUUUAAUGGUCAUUGAGCAUAAGUUUUUACUUUAUAUUGUUGUGGUGUUGGUGUACUUUAUGCACUCGCUCACAUAUAUAUGAAUAUUAAUUAAAUCAACUACAAUAACAAAAGUAUUUCUCAUACAAAAACAGUCAGUAACUAAACAAAAGAGAAAACUUUUUUUUGCAUUCAAUUUACCAACUCAUGCGAUAUGUGUGAUUCGGAGCAACAGCAACGAAAUCAACAACAGCAACAACAACCACAGCAGGCAACUGCUGUUAAACCGGAACCUUUAACCGUUGCUCUUAAUAAUGUACAAUGGCAAGAGCAACAACAGCAGUUGCAGCUGCAACAACAACAAAUGCAACAUGCAUUGCCAGAAGACAGCCCUAUAGGGCCUACCAAACUGGCACAUCAAUUUUGGUUUUCAUAUCCGCCACCUGGCGCUGGCGGCGGUUCGUCAAAUAGCAAAACAUCGCAAACGGACGAAGAGAAACAGCGCGAUCGUCAGCGCUGUGAAAGAGAAGCGAAAAAAGAAGAACAAGACGCGCUAAAUUAUAAGAGAGACAAGGAAAGUCGUGAAGCGCGUUUGUUGGAUUUUGAGAUAAGACGUCAGCAGGAACGGGAAAAGAAAAAAGAAGAGCAUAAACAUCAACAACAAGUACAACAGCAGCAGCAUCAACAACAACAGCACUCGAGCGAAAAAAGUCCACCUACAACAUCGGGUCAAGCUCAACAACAGUUAGCUCAGCAACAGCAGCAACAAGAACAGGAACAACAGCAACAGCCACAAGAACACCAACAACAAUUGGUGGCAAGUAGUAGUGCACCAACACCUAUUAUCCCGACGCCACCAGAUCGUAGUCUACCGCCAGCUUUUCGCAGUCGCUCUAUAGAGAGAGAAAUUAUCUACGAACGUAAACGACAACAUUCGACAGUCGAGGCGCUUGAACUAAAGAAGCCCUUAAGUACAACACCCUCACCACAGGCUAUAAGUAGUUCGACUGCCGCUACACCGGCACAUCCGAUACCAGUCGCUCUUCCGCCACCACCAAAACCAGCCACACCCAUAACAUCAGCAGCUGUGGUGGCGGGCCCACCGGCAACAGCAGCAGCUGCUACAGCUGCUAUAAUCCCUAUACUACCAUUAGGAGUUGCCACCUUGCGUGAUGACUCCACCGAAUCGGAAGAACAGUCCGUGACAUGUACUCACCAUCAUGCCGAAGCAUGUCAUCGUAUAAUUGUAUAAAUAAAAUAAACUUUUCAGUUUUAUUUUCUUUUGGGGUCAAAAUGUUAAUGAAAUUUAUAAAACCGUGUUUUGCUGCAAGUAUUUACAUUUGCAUCGUUGCACUCAUUACUCAAAUAACAACAACAAAAACAGUGAAGGAAUUUUCAAGCAAAAACUUAACACAAAAUGAAAUACUUUGAGCUACUGUAAAAUUAAUGCUUGAAGUUUUUUUGUAUUUGCAUUAAUUUGCUUCAAGGAUUUUAGUUUUUUUUAAUACAUGCAUAUUAAAUAAUUAGCUGUUGAAAGAAAAAUUUGUUUGUAAUUUUGUAAAGAGGGGUUAACAAACAUAGUAUGAAGCUAAUUUAUAAUUUUAUAA